AUGACAACAACUAAUGCUCCUACAAGCACAACUGUGGUUUCCACAACAACACCCCUGACAACUACAACAAUUGAAACAUCCAUGACCACAGCCCCAACAAGCACGACUGAGACGUCGACAACCACUACGCAAAUUCCAACUACAACAACUGUUUCUCCUACAAGCACAACUGUGGCUUCUACAACAACACCUUCAACAACAGCUCCAACAACCAUGACUGAGGCAACCACAACAAAUGCUCCAACUACAACACCACUUCCAACAACAACAACAACUAAUGCCCGUACAAGCACAACUGUGGUUUCAACAACAACACCCCUGACAACUACAACAAUUCAAACAACCAUGUCCACAGCUCCAACAAGCACGACUGAGACGUUGACAACCACACAACAAAUUCCAGCUACAACAACUGUUUCUCCUACAAGCACAACUUUGUCUUCCACAACAACAUCUUCAACCACAGCUCCAACAACCACAACUGCGGCUCCCACAACCACAACAAAUUCUCCAACUACAACACCUAUUCAAACAACAACAUCAACUAAUGUUCCAUCAACCACAACUUUGCUUUCCACAACAACACUCCCAACAACUACAGCACUUCCAACAACAACAACAACCACUGCUCCAACAAGCACAACGGAGACAUCGACAACCACACUGCAAAUUCCAACUACAACAACAACUAUUUCUCCAACAAGCACAACUGUGGCUUCCACAACAUUACCUUCAACAACAUCUCCAAUAACCACGACUGAGGCAACCACAACACCACUUCCAACAAUGACAACAACUAAUGCUCCUUCAAGCACAACUGUGGUUUCCACAACAACACCCCUGACAACUACAACAAUUGAAACAUCCAUGACCACAGCCCCAACAAGCACGACUGAGACGUUGACAACCACUACGCAAAUUCCAACUACAACAACUGUUUCUCCUACAAGCACAACUGUGGCUUCUACAACAUUACCUUCAACAACAUCUCCAAUAACCACGACUGAGGCAACCACAACAAAUGCUCCAACCACAACACCACUUCCAACAAUGACAACAACUAGUGCUCCUACAAGCACAACUGUGGUUUCCACAACAACACCCCUGACAACUACAACAAUUAAAACAUCCAUGACCACAACCCCAACAAGCACGACUGAGACGUUGACAACCACUACGCAAAUUCCAACUACAACAACUGUUUCUCCUACAAGCACAACUGUGGCUUCUACAACAACACCUUCAAUAACAGCUCCAACAACCACGACUGAGGCAACCACAACAAAUGCUCCAACUACAACACCACUUCCAACAACAACAACAACUAAUGCUCAUACAAGCACAACUGUGGUUUCCACAACAACACCCCUGACAACUACAACAAUUCAAACAACCAUGUCCACAGCUCCAACAAGCACGACUGAGAUGUUGACAACCACACAACAAAUUCCUGCUACAACAACUGUUUCUCCUACAAGCACAACAUUGUCUUCCACAACAACAUCUUCAACCACAGCUCCACCAACCACAACUUUGCUUUCCACAACAACACUCCCAACAACUACAGCACUUCCAACAACAACAACCACUGCUCCAACAAGCACAACGGAGACAUCGACAACCACACUGCAAAUUCCAACUACAACAACAACUGUUUCUCCAACAAGCACAACUGUGGCUUCCACAACAUUACCUUCAACAACAUCUCCAAUAACCACGACUGAGGCAACCACAACACCACUUCCAACAAUGACAACAACUAAUGCUCCUACAAGCACAACUGUGGUUUCCACAACAACACCCCUGACAACUACAACAAUUGAAACAUCCAUGACCACAGCCCCAACAAGCACGACUGAGACGUCGACAACCACUACGCGAAUUCCAACUACAACAACUGUUUCUCCUACAAGCACAACUGUGGCUUCUACAACAAAACCUUCAACAACAGCUCCAACAACCAUGACUGAGGCAACCACAACAAAUGCUCCAACUACAACACCACUUCCAACAACAACAACAACUAAUGCCCCUACAAGCACAACUGUUGUUUCCACAACAACACCCCUGACAACUACAACAAUUCAAACAACCAUGUCCACAGCUCCAACAAGCACGACUGAGACGUUGACAACCACACAACAAAUUCCAGCUACAACAACUGUUUCUCCUACAAGCACAACUUUGUCUUCCACAACAACAUCUUCAACCACAGCUCCAACAACCACAACUGCGGCUCCCACAACCACAACAAAUUCUCCAACUACAACACCUAUUCAAACAACAACAACAACUAAUGUUCCAUCAACCACAACUUUGCUUUCCACAACAACAUUCCCAACAACUACAGCACUUCCAACAACAACAACCACUGCUCCAACAAGCACAACGGAGACAUCGACAACCACAAUGCAAAUUCCAACUACAACAACAACUAUUUCUCCUACAAGCACAACUGUGGCUUCCACAACAUUAACUUCAACAACAUCUCCAAUAACCACGACUGAGGCAACCACAACAAAUGCUCCAACCACAACACCACUUCCAACAAUGACAACAACUAUUGUUCCUACAAGCACAACUGUGGUUUCCACAACAACACCCCUGACAACUACAACAAUUAAAACAUCCAUGACCACAGCCCCAACAAGCACGACUGAGACGUUGACAACCACUACGCAAAUUCCAACUACAACAACUACAACAACUGUUUCUCCUACAAGCACAACUGUGGCUUCUACAACAACACCUUCAAUAACAGCUCCAACAACCACGACUGAGGCAACCACAACAAAUGCUCCAACUACAACACCACUUCCAACAACAACAACAACUAAUACCCGUACAAGCACAACUGUGGUUUCAACAACAACACCCCUGACAACUACAACAAUUCAAACAACCAUGUCCACAGCUCCAACAAGCACGACUGAGACGUUGACAACCACACAACAAAUUCCAGCUACAACAACUGUUUCUCCUACAAGCACAACUUUGUCUUCCACAACAACAUCUUCAACCACAGCUCCAACAACCACAACUCAGGCUCCCACAACCACAACAAAUUCUCCAACUACAACACCUAUUCAAACAACAACAACAACUAAUGUUCCAUCAACCACAACUUUGCUUUCCACAACAACACUCCCAACAACUACAGCACUUCCAACAACAACAACCACUGCUCCAACAAGCACAACGGAGACAUCGACAACCACACUGCAAAUUCCAACUACAACAACAACUAUUUCUCCAACAAGCACAACUGUGGCUUCCACAACAUUACCUUCAACAACAUCUCCAAUAACCACUACUGAGGCAACCAAAACACCACUUCCAACAAUGACAACAACUAAUGCUCCUUCAAGCACAACUGUGGUUUCCACAACAACACCCCUGACAACUACAACAAUUGAAACAUCCAUGACCACAGCCCCAACAAGCACGACUGAGACCACUUCCAACAACAACAACCACUGCUCCAACAAGCACAACGGAGACAUCGACAACCACAAUGCAAAUUCCAACUACAACAACAACUGUUUCUCCUACAAGCACAACUGUGGCUUCCACAACAUUACCUUCAACAACAUCUCCAAUAACCACGACUGA